CUCGAUAUUGGAAGAGCAGUACUUACGCAUGACACAAAAAUGUCAAAUAUUUAUUUAAUUCAUAUCCAUAUUUUAAUUACGGAUUUACAUAAAACUGAGAGAGUUUUUAGGAAAUCUUCCAGAUUUAGUUGACAAAAUUUCCAAAAUUAGCUAGCGAUCAAGAGAAUCAUCCGCUUCCUUUGGGAAACACACAAAUACGAAUAUCUCUCUUAAUCCGAUUUUCUCUUCUCAUUUGUGUGAUUUUGGAACAAUAACAAUAUGUUCAACAAAAACCAAGGAUCCAACGGUGGUUCAUCUUCCAAUGUCGGCAUCGGAGCUGAUUCACCUUACCUUCAAAAGGCACGUUCAGGCAAAACAGAGAUCAGAGAACUCGAAGCAGUUUUCAAGAAAUUCGACGUGAACGGAGAUGGUAAGAUCUCGUCAAAGGAACUUGGUGCAAUAAUGACGAGUCUAGGUCAUGAGGUACCAGAAGAAGAACUAGAGAAAGCGAUCACUGAGAUAGAUCGUAAAGGAGAUGGUUACAUAAACUUUGAAGAGUUUGUGGAGCUGAACACGAAAGGUAUGGAUCAAAAUGAUGUUUUGGAGAAUCUGAAAGAUGCGUUUUCGGUUUACGAUAUCGAUGGGAAUGGUUCGAUAUCGGCUGAGGAGUUGCAUGAGGUUUUGAGGAGUCUUGGUGAUGAAUGUUCGAUCGCGGAGUGUAGGAAGAUGAUUGGUGGUGUUGAUAAAGAUGGUGAUGGUACGAUUGAUUUUGAAGAGUUUAAGAUUAUGAUGACUAUGGGAUCUAGACGUGAUAAUGUCAUGGGAGGUGGUCCGAGGUAGAGUUUCUUUCGUGGACACUGCUGAAACUGAAUUCUCCGUUUCUUCUUCUUUUUCGUGUUCUUCCUUUUCGUCGUCAUUGUUUAUUAUUCCACCAUUGUUUCAAUCUUUUUUUUUUUUGUUGUUGUCUUUGUUCUUUGGGAUUUGUAAUUCCCUUCAAGAUAACGUGAUUUUAAAAUUUUAAUUUAUCUCUCUUUUUUUUGUAUUCAGUUCUGCUUUGGGACUUGAUUAAUUUGAAUGCAUAUACAGUGAAAAUUAUGUGAAUAAAU